CAAGCCGAAAUGAACCACAUUCUACGACCACUUUUGGACGAGUGCGUGGUGGUGUACCUGGACGACAUACUCAUCUACUCGCGCGACAUGAAGCAGCACGUCGAACACAUGCGACGCGUCUUCGAAAUUCUUCGACGAGAACGAUUCUACGUCAAAUUGUCCAAGAGCGAAUUCGCCCUUGAAAAGGUCCAGUUCCUAGGACACAUGGUGAGCGCUCAAGGAGUUCACGUCGACCCCAAGAAAAUCGAGGCCGUACGCACGUGGAAGACACCCGAGAACGUGAAGGAGCUGCAGCAGUUCCUAGGCUUCGCUAAUUACUACAACAGGUUCGUGCCACAGUAUGCGAAAAUCGCAGCACCACUCACGAAUCUGCUGAAGAAGAACACGCCCUACAAAUGGGAGCCGAAGCACCAGGAAGCCGUGGAGCAGCUGAAGCAAGCACUUACGUCUGCACCGGUACUCAUUUUGCCAGAUCCCGAACGCGACUACGUCAUCGAAGCUGACGCCAGUGACCAAGCAGUGGGAGCAGUCUUGAUGCAAGAUCAAGGGAAUGGACUGCAACCAAUCGCUUACCUAAGUAAGAAACUGCACGGGGCAGAACUAAACUACCCGAUACACGACAAGGAGGCCCUGGCUAUCAUCAUCGCCUUCAAAGCAUGGAGAUGCUAUCUCGAAGGACAAAGAACAACCGUCUACACCGACCACUGCAGCCUGAAAUACUUGAAGACACAACCCAACCUUUCCAGGCGGCAGGUCCGGUGGAUCGACUUCCUCGAGACACACUUCCACUACGACAUUGUGUACAAGCCCGAUCACAAGAACAAAGCAGACGCUCUCAGCCGGCCUGCACACCGGUCAUGACGCCAUCCUUGUCGUCAUUGA